AGCCCAUGCGCAGUCAAGAUGGCUGUGGCUGUGGCUGCUGUCCGGGCGGGUUGGCGUUAUGCGAGGCCGGUGGGCUGGAAGUUGGGCUGCUGCCCGGGCCAGAGCCGGGCCGGGCUCUCCGGAGCGGCGGGGCGGUGGCCCGGGGCGGCGCCCACAGUGGCCCCGAGGUUGCUGGGGGUGGCGGCGCUGGCCCUCGGGGGCGCCUUGGGCAUCGGCCACACGGUGCGGGGCCGUCUGAAGACCCAGGAGCAGCUGGCCAAGCAGGCAGCCCCCGAGCUUGCUGAGGGCCGUCUGCAACUGACCCUGUACCAGUACAAGACUUGCCCCUUCUGCAGCAAGGUCCGAGCCUUCUUGGACUUCCAUGCUUUGCCGUAUGAGGUGGUGGAGGUAAACCCUGUCCGAAGGCAGGAGAUCAAAUUCUCCUCCUACAGAAAGGUGCCUAUCCUGCUUGCCCAGGAAGGAGAAUUACUACAGCAACUUAACGACUCGUCCGUGAUCAUUAGCGCACUCAAGACGUACCUGAUGUCUGGGAAGAACCUGGAGGAAAUCAUCUCCUAUUACCCACCAAUGAAGACAGUGAAUGACCAGGGGAAGGAGGUGACUGAGUUUGGCAAUAAAUAUUGGCUCAUGUUGAAUGAGAAGGAGAGCCGGCGUCUCUACAGCGGGAAGGAAGCUCGAACGGAGGAAAUGAAGUGGCGACAGUGGGCGGAUGACUGGCUGGUGCACCUCAUCUCACCCAACGUCUACCGCACUCCGGCCGAAGCCCUGGCUUCCUUUGAUUACAUUGUCCACGAGGGCAAGUUUGGAGUUGUGGAAGGAGCGGUGGCCAAGUAUGUGGGUGCAGCCGCCAUGUUCAUCAUUAGCAAGAGACUGAAGAGCCGGCACCACCUCCAAGACGAUGUCCGAGAGGACCUGUACCAGGCAGCGAACCAGUGGGUGGCAGCAGUUGGCAAAGACAGGCCCUUCAUGGGGGGAAAGGAGCCCAACCUUGCUGACUUGGCGGUGUACGGUGUGCUGCGUGUGAUGGAGGGCCUGGAGGCCUUUGAGGACAUGAUGUGCCACACCCGAAUUGGGCCCUGGUACCUUCGGGUGGAGAAAGCCAUUGCUGAAGCCCAGGGAAACUACUGACUCUCCCUGAUGCUUCCCUCCCAUUGGGGCAGAGUAUAAGUGGAUUCUGGAGCCAUGGGAGUGCCAGCAAGCAGGGAGGUGUGUGAAGGCCUCUCUCCCUCAUCCAGCUCCCUGGAAUCAAACCCUGAGCCGGGGCAGGCUAGUGGAGCCCUGGUCUGGGAGCUGGGGAAGGAGCAGAGGAUGUUUUUUAGGGCUGCCACUGAUCUCAGGGAGGUUGAGAUCCCUACUCAGAGCUUCUGGACUUUCACUAUUUAUUUCUAGUCUUCCUUGAGCGUUUCAGGGACCUCUCUCCUAGCCUGCCCUGGUGGCUCUCUCUGGACUCUUGAGUGUCUGGGAGGGAAAGAACAGGCAAGGGCCCUGGAACCCUGAGGGAGGAGCUAUAGAAUUCUGAGGACAUUUUCUGGGAAGUUCCAAGGUCCCUGGAUGGGGGGCCCAGGGGUUCCUUAUGGUCCAGGUCUCCUUGCCCUCAGUCAGAGGGUCCUGGAGGAAGGCCUCCUCAGCUGUGAGUCAUGUCUGCAAUAAAGAAAUGGUUUGCUGUUCCGAG